AUGCCUCCCCCGUCAGACCUCACCUCUUACAUUCUGCCAACCCAGACCUCGGACGACAUCUUCAAGUCCCAGAUCCUUCCGGCCGAGUUCCCCUCGUUGGCACCAGCACCACAAACGCAUGCCGGCCAACGACCCCUCGCAGUACUGAUAGUAGGCCAAACGGGCGCCGGCAAAACCCGCCUCGCCCCCGCCGUUCUCAAAGCCCAGACCGCCCUCCGCGGCAGCCCAGCCCACAUCAUCGCAGACACCUACAAGACGUACCACCCCUCGUACGCGACCCUGACGGCCUCGCCAGCGACGGCGCCUCUCGCCUCGCCGGCCACAGGCCCCGACGCCCGCCGCUGGCUGCGCCUGGCCGCAACCCACGCUGCCGACCAGCGCCUCGACCUCCUCAUCGAGUCUGCGUGCCGCCACCCGGAUGACUUCACGGCGCUCGCCGCCGCGCUCCAUGACGCAGGCUACCGCGUUGAGGUCGUCGUGUUGGCUGUGCCGAGGCCGCUCAGCAGGCUGGGGAUCCUGACGCGCUUCCACGAAAGGCUGCCCGAGGCAGGGAGCCGCGGGCUGCCGGUUCGCCUGACACCCAUCAAGGUCCACGACGACUCGUACAGCGGACUUUUGGAUGCUGCGCAGUGGAUUGAUGCACAUCCCGAGACGGUGGAUCAGGUUCUCGUUGUGAGGAGGGGCAACCUCGUCGCCUUCUCUGAUGCCAAGGAGCGUCCUGACGGGAAGUUGAUGGGCCAGGUGGCGGCGGCGAUCGUCAGGGAAAGGGAGAGGCCCUUGACAGACGUGGAGAAGGCCACUGCCGCAGAGGAUCUCGCCAAGUUGGAAAAGAGGGACACGGUACAGGCUCAGGAGCUGAGGGCCAUGCUUGCACCCCUCCUGGCCGAGCCCGAUCCGUCAAGCCUACAGCCACUACUGCCCCUGGAGUUUCCCACUGAGAGAUGUAGGCGGGAUGCUACCCUUUGGCUGGGCGAUAGUUGA